AUGUCUCCGGAGGAUCGCCUGAGUCCCUCGCUUGCCAUGGGGGACUCUCGUGGAAACGACGCCCCUCUCAACAGCGGUGAUCUGGAAGGGUCCAGGGUCCCCGAGAUGAGCACUGGUUACAGAGAGAGCCAUUUUCUCAAAAUGUUGAGGGAUGCUGAUUCUGCUGCCAAUGCUGCUGCAGCACAACUCGUGUCUUUCAAAAACGCUCUGGACAAUGAACCUUCUACCUCCAGACACACGUCACAUCAGAGCAGAAUGUCCAGACAGAGGAGGCUUCUGAUGGAGAAACUGGACCACUUUAGACACAUUAAUAAAUCUGUCCGCCAGACGCUGAAACAACUCCAAGAAGCAGAGGCGGACCAAGUGCAUGCUGACAAACAAGUUCACAAUUUGCUGACAAGGAUUUCAAUGGCUGAAAACGAAAAUGAAGUUUUAAAAAAGGAUUUAUUUGAAAUGGGGAAAAGAGUUGAAGAACUCAGACAUAGGGGAAAAGAAGAGCAGGAUUUCACCAAAAGUGCGAUUCAUUUAACCAAAUCAGUUGAAGCUACACGAGCGCACCUCCAGGGUCAACUGCGGAGUAAAGAGGCCGAGAAUAACCGCCUCACUGUGCAACUGCAGACUUUAGAGCGAACGGUGACUCAGCGGAAGUUGGAGAUGGACGAUUUGAAAGCAUUGUUCACAGCACUCAAAGAAAAGUCUGCUCUGGAUAAAGAGGCACUAAAGAAGGCUACCCGCGCGCAGAAGCACAGAGCUGAACGCUUUGAGGCGGCGCUGGGAAAGUGUUAUGCACAGCUGAAAGAAAAGGAUGCAGAGCUCGCCAAUGCCCGUAUACAAAGAGACUCAAAGAAACGGCAAAAAGAACUGACGAUGGACGAGAAAGACAAACUGAUCUCUCAGAUAACUUAUUUAAAAAGCCAAAUCAUUGACCUAAAUGCAAGACUACUGAAAGAAAGAGAUGAUCUUACUACUGUUAAUGAAAGUAUGAUGCAACAAGUCCAAAGACUCACAGCUGAAAACGGAGACCUCAGCUUUAAUAAUGCAACACUGAAGGCAUCUGUUGCUCAGUUGGAGAGGCAGGUGGCCGACAGCGAGGCAGCUCUGGAGGAAGAGAAAACUGUUUCUCAGGAGAAAAACCUCGAAGCCAAACAAUUACAAAACCAGGUUGAGGAUCUUAAAGCAGAAAUUGCUAAAACAAGAAUGCUUCAUGCAGAUCUUUUAAAGAAAAUGGAACAUUUUGAAGAUAGGAGAGGGUCUGAAGUUCAAAAGUGCUUCGGAUUUUAG